UCUCCGCCCCACUCCUCCUCCCAGCCUCGCAGUCAGGCUGGCACUGGGAUGAGCUGUGCAAGGCCAGCUGGCUGCUCCUCUCACUAGUGCAUUGCUGCCCAGCAGCCUGGGACAGACUGCAGGGUGUUUUUUGGGGACUUGGGUUUCAAUGGCCACCCGGACUAGCAAGAAGCAAGGACUGCUCAUAUGGACAGCUCAUUUUUAUCGCGUGCAGAGUCGGCUUUGUAGUGGGAUGUUGAAAUAUGACACAAUGCCUGUUUGUUUGCAAUAGCUGCAACCCUCGUAGCAGAGAUUCAAGUGGGAAACAGAGAGGGAUUCCAGAGACAAACCAGCGGGGGAUUUAGGAACUGAGACGCCGUGUCCUCUCUCCUAUGCCGGAGCAAGCAAAGGAAAGAGAGGUAGAGGAAAAAAGACUGAGCCUUGCAACAGCCGUCACCCUGACGAUGUGUCAGUCAAACACCCUGCAGGGACCAGAGCUCCACACAGGGAAAUGGUGAGAUGCUACAAAGCUUUAUCUAACCCUCCACCCUCUUGCUACAACCUCCACAAAGUUAAAAUUCAUGUCCGGAGGCUGCGUUCAGGGAACGGCGGCAGCAGCAGCUGUGCCGGGGACCAGCACCCACAGCUGGACAGUCCAGGUCCGACUGGCUCUGCCGGUGGGACACCAAGUAGGAGAACUCGUUUCAGGUUGCAAUUCCCCCAGCUGGCCCUGAGGCGAAGGUUGGGCCAGCUGAGCUGUAUGUCUAGGCCUGCUCUGAAACUGCGUUCUUGGCCUCUGACUAUUCUCUAUUACCUUCUGCCUUUCGGUGCUCUUAAACCCUUGACCAGAGUGGGAUGGAGGCCUAUGAGCAGGGUUGCCCUGUACAAGUCGGUCCCAACUCGGCUGCUCUCGCGAGCCUGGGGUCGCCUGAACCAGGUGGAGCUGCCCACGUGGCUGCGGAAGCCGGUGUACAGCCUGUACAUCUGGACCUUCGGGGUGAACAUGAAGGAGGCGGCUGUGGAGGAUCUGCAUCACUACAGGAACCUCAGCGAGUUCUUCCGCAGGAAGCUGAAACCGCAGGCGCGGCCGGUCUGCGGCGUGCACAGCGUGAUUAGUCCCUCUGAUGGAAAGAUCCUUAAUUUCGGACAGGUAAAAAAUUGUGAAGUGGAGCAAGUAAAAGGGGUUACUUAUUCUCUGGAAUCUUUCUUGGGACCUCGCAUCUCCACUGAGGAAAUGCAUUUUAAUCGGGCCCCACCUGGUAACUCUUUCCAGCAACAACUGGUCACAAAGGAGGGGAAUGAGCUCUACCACUGUGUAAUUUACCUGGCACCAGGGGAUUAUCACUGCUUCCACUCGCCCACAGACUGGACGGUGUCGCACCGACGGCAUUUCCCAGGCUCUCUGAUGUCUGUCAAUCCUGGAGUUGCUCGCUGGAUCAAGGAACUGUUCUGCCACAAUGAACGGGUUGUCCUUACAGGUGACUGGAAACAUGGCUUCUUCUCACUCACAGCUGUAGGAGCAACAAACGUGGGCUCCAUCCGCAUCUACUUUGACCAGGACUUGCACACGAACAGUCCAAGUUACUCUAAAGGUUCCUACAAUGACUUCAGCUUCAUAUCCAACAACAACAAGGAGGGAAUCCCCAUGAGGAAAGGGGAACAUUUAGGGGAAUUUAACUUAGGCUCUACGAUCGUUCUAAUCUUUGAGGCACCCAAGGACUUCAAAUUCAACCUCAAAGCUGGACAGAAAAUCCGCUUUGGAGAAGCACUGGGCUCUCUAUAGGAACUCUCUCAGCAAGAAGAUUUUCUAUAAAAAGGGACUCUUUUCACACCACUGAGAGUUUCACUUAUCACGUUUGUAUCACUCAGCAGGACCUGGGUGAGGAGAAAAAAAGAUGUCACUGCUGCAUUAAACUUGAAAGUAUUUGGUCUACAUUUACCUGCUGCUGAAUGUAGGAACUGAAUGGAAUGAUCAUGGAUGUAUCGGGUACAGCUGCCUUGGAAGAUGUUGCCCGUGGUGGUUUCUGGCCCGCCCUGUGCCUGUAGUCUUUCAUGUUCUCCCCUGAAUGUGCCACAGGAUAAUUAUGUUCUUAGAGCCUCUAAGUCCCUUUUAAGCCUUCCUAGGCAGGUGCAGUGGGAAAGGGUGGAGGUAGAGAUUACCUGUAUUUAAAGAGACACUGACAGGCUGAGUCAGACCUUGUAUCUACAGUAUCUGUUUUUCAGACCUUGAGUAAAGAAUAUAUUCUCAUAUUUAUUUUAUUCUAAGAAACUCUGCCCAAAUUCAUAGAUAAAAGCAGUCUCUGAAUGCACAGAGGGCCAAACUGAAAUUUUCUAGUGUGGCUUCAUGGCCCAAACAAAGCAAAAUGUACAAAUCAGCCAGCACAAUGAGUGACACUCAUUUUGAGUUUUGUACUGUUAGACAACCUUAGUUCUUUUGUCUGACAUUGUCCCUUUAAAAAUGGACUAUGCACUGUAUUUUAAACCUGAAAAGUGUCUACAUUCCAGACAACAGAACCUGUCACCUUGCAAUGUUCUUUUUUUAAAGACACACAAAGCUCUGUGUCCUCUUCCUAAUCCAUGGUUUUAUUUUGCUAUUCCAGGCCUUAAAGUUAUUGUCUUUAUGAGAGACAGUUACCUUCACCUCUUGGAUUAAGGAGUUAGAAGACACAGGGCAUGUUUUUCUUAGGUGAUGUGAUGGCAACUAAAAUACGUUUUUACUUUCAGCUAUGUGUCAUUACUUUGUCACUAAAUUCUUGAAGAAUUAGUUCCUCUGUUACAGGACAGCUUCAGCUACUUCAGGACCAAUUUUUAUUGCAUAGGGUGAAAUGCUCUAUGCACUGACUGUUUAAAAUAUUUAUGGCUCUUUAAAGAAAUCCCCUGUUUCUUCCCAGGUGCCAGUCUGGCCCUCCCUUAACUGGCAACAACUUCAUGUUAUUCAAAAUACAAAACAAAAAACCACACUGGCUCUGACUUCUGCCCUAAUACUUAAUGCUAGGAAUGUGCUGGGGGCUGAAAUCUUUGUGCUGAAGCUUAAUCCACUGUAAAAUUUUAGAGCCUCUUUGUGACUUCACCUCAAGAAGAAUUAAAAUCUAACACCUUGGAUCUACUGCAUGUGGCACCGACAAAAAAAACACUGCCAAAGUGAAGAGGAAUUGAGUCUUAAAGCAAUGUAUCAAUUGUUUUUUUGAGAAUAAACUGUUUCAAGUCCCAGCACUCAAACAUUUAGAAAUGAUUUUCCUGUCCAGAGCUUGUUGGAGUGGAUGUGCUUAUGAAACCUGCCUUUGUGCUUUCUGAAAGAUUUCUCGUACUACUUCCUUGCUUGAGCUACUUUUCUGCUGCUUCAAGGAGAUGACAGGCUUUGACCAGCUCUGAUCUCCUAAAGAAACCCUUCUUUGUAUGCACUGCAGAAAAUAGAAUAUAAUUUUGUUGUACAAAUGUCCAGUUUGCCAAGUCCUGUAUGCUUAGCUUGUCAUCGGGAAGGAAGGGACGAUAAACUGCCUCUAAGUGAUGUAGCCCAGGCCUGAGUCAGAUGAGGGUGGCUGUUUGGGUGACAAGCAGGAGAAAUUUCAUUUGGCUCCAGGAGUCAGUGUUUCCUCACUUUACACAGGGAGGAGUUUGAAAGCUUGAAGUGGCUCUCAGCCACCUAUCUUGUUAAACUUCUUGGCAUUAGCAAGUUUACUCCUGCAGCAGUAUAGUACCAGAUACAAGUCUUUUAGAACCUUUGAGAGUGAGAAAAGAGUAAGGCAAAUAUCAGCCCCAAGAGAAUAAAGUUAGGGUGAGCUUUUUGAUUAAACUUCAAUGUUAUGUUAACAAGAGAAAACAAAUUCAUUCCAGUGGAUGAGAGAAAAAGACAACUGAAUCUUUUCCCUCUUUCCACUGGGGUCUAUGACAUCCAGACAGAGCCAAAGGAAGUUUGAGCUUUAAUUUCUUCCUACUCAGCAGCAUCAUCCAUAGUAUCUGAAGGUAACUAUUAGCCUAAUGAUGGAGCAUGGGUUGCUUGAUGUUUGCUUUAUUAGAAAUCUCAGAAGGAAGAGAGGAUUCAGCAUGCAAGUGGCUGUUUUUAUGAUGGUUUUAAUACUGUGCAGAGCGAGCUAAUAAACCAACAUUGCUUGUGAUGCAGGGGCCAGCAAUGCACCCCAGGAGUGAAAACAGAGUUCCUUGAGGGUACUGAUAAUGCUGUGAAUUUCUCCUGCAUGGAGAAUCCAUUUAAUUCAACUGUAUCAGUAGCACGGUAUUUUUGUAUGUCAAAGUGUAUGACUUACUGACAUGAACUCAUUUAAUUGCAAACAUUUUGAAAUAAAGAGUCUUAUCUGUGUUGCUUA